AGGAGGAGGCGGGGGAGACUCAAGGCGUAAGAUGACCAUGUCGGUCCCGGAGAGGAUCUCGGAGUCUGGAGGAAAAGAAGAGGAGAGUGAGGAUGAGAGUGAGAUCCUGGAGGAGAGCCCGUGCGGCCGCUGGCAGAAGCGCAAGGAGCAGCUCAGUCAGGGGAACGUCCCUGGCAUUGAGAGCGCUUCCUUGGCCAUGGACACAGAAGAAGGAGUGGAGGUGGUGUGGAACGAGGUGCAGUUCUCUGACAAGAAGGUCUUCAAAGCUCAUGAGGACAGAAUCAGGGAAAUGUUUGAGAACCUCAUGCAGGUGGAGCACCCCAACAUCGUUAAGUUUCAUAAAUACUGGCUGGACAUGAGGGAGAACCGAGCCAGGGUGAUUUUUAUCACAGAGUACAUGUCCUCUGGAAGUCUAAAACAGUUUUUGAAGAAAACUAAGAAAAAUCACAAGACUAUGAAUGUUAAGGCAUGGAAACGCUGGUGCACACAGAUCCUGUCUGCCCUCAGUUACCUGCAUUCAUGUGAUCCACCCAUCAUCCAUGGAAACCUGACCUGCGACACCAUCUUCAUCCAACACAAUGGCCUCAUAAAGAUCGGCUCAGUGUGGCACAGGCUUUUCGUCAAUGUAUUCCCAGAGGCCAUCCAUGGGAACGUGCACCAGCACCGAGACGAGACACGCAAUCAGCACUACUUUGCUCCAGAGUAUGGCCUUGCUGAGGACGACUACUCUAUCGAUAUAUAUUCUUUUGGUAUCUGUGCUUUGGAGAUGGCAGUUUUGGAGAUUCAAGCCAAUGGGGACACUGCUGUUUCCAAAGAGGCCAUUGCACAUGCGGGGCAGUCACUGGAGGACCCUCUCAUGAGGGAGUUUACUCAGUCAUGUGUGCGCACGGAGGCCAAGAUGAGGCCCACAGCUCACGACUUGCUGUUCCACAGAGUCCUGUUUGAAGUUCACUCCUUGAAGCUGCUUGCUGCACACUGCUUUAUCAGCAACCAAUAUUUGCUUCCUGAGAACUGUGUAGAGGAGAAGACCAAGGCUAUAGACCCGAACGGCAUCCUGGCAGAAAUAAACCACAGCGACCGGCCAGGAAUCCAGCUAAAGUACUCCCAUGUCUCUCCGCUGGAACUGGACAAGUUUCUUGAGGAUGUGAAAAAUGGGAUCUACCCCCUGAUGAACUUUGCCUCACAGCGGCCGCAUCCUAUUCCUCGAGCCCUCUCUCUGUCCCAGGAGCAUAUGGAGACGGUGAAGACUCCAACUCCAGAGCCUCAGGAGACAGAGACCAGGAAGGUUAUCCAAAUGCACUGUAAUUUAGAGGCUAAUGAGGAAGGCACCAGGAGUCAUCUGUCCCUGUUUUUGAAGAUGGAUGACAAACUUCAUCGCCAACUUAGCUGUGACGUUCUUCCAACUGACCACCCCAGAGAUCUGGCCAGUGAGCUGGUCCAUCAUGCAUUUAUUAGCGAGGAUGACUGUGAGAAGUUGGCAUGCUUUCUGGAAGAGGCACUGGGAAAACACUGGGGUGGAGCUUCCACGUCUCCUUCAUCGAUUGUGUUAAUGCACUGAAUCGCACUGGAACGCUGUCACGAAGCAGAGAGGUUGGCUGGAGCUGGUCAAAGAGAAAAGAAGCAAGGAGCUGAGUUACCAAAAGUGCAACACUUUUAAACAGGAAAAGGCACAACGUGGCAUGAUGUGAUAGAAUUGAAUAGCUCCAUGAAUAGCAAGGCUGUAAAGAAAUCUGACCAUUAACAUUAUUCCAAAACACAACAAAUGUUUCACCGAUGAUGAAUCCACCAUGUAUAUCUUUGUUUGGAUGGAUUUCUUUUGGACAUUCUCAAUGCUUUUUUUUACCAUGCCGGAUGGUAAUAUCCGUCCUCUGUCCAAGAAGUUUCUGGCAAAGAAAAAUGCCACAGAAGUAAAGCUUUAGGAGCAAAGAACUUGGGGAACAAACAUGUAAGAAUACUAACUGGUACAAAUAGUUGGUUCUCAUGGGUCUGCCAGCCCAUGUGUCUUAAACUGUCAAGGUUUUUUAAGAUAAAUGCAGUGUGUAUUUAUUUAUUGUUCAACUUUUAAAUGUUGAGAAAGGGUGACUCUUAAAACUCCCAGUGGAAAAAAAACAACUUUUAAGUAUGUGAGAUGAUUUAUCCCUGCAGCAUUUUUUUUAAAUAAAUAAGCGACCAGGAAAUGAUGAAUGUACAGUACUGUAGCAAAGUGCCCUUUACUUUUGUUAUAGUUAGAUUACUUCUCCCAAUGUGAGACCUAAAAUAUCUCAAAAGACUGGUUCUUACGAAGCACCAAGUGCCUAAGUAAGAAAUGAAAAAGUACAUGGAAUGGUAUACUGCCAUUAUUAAUCCGUGAGCUUAAUUUAUACAGAUUUGUGAUUCACUAGCAGUAAUCCUAGACUUGCUAAAUUUCAUGGGUAUGAUUUUAUCUGCGUGAAAUGUAUACUAGAUAUUCUUAAUACUAUUUGUAUGAUUUCUUUAAGACAAGGGUACACUACGUAAAAACCCCUAUACUUGCAAACCAUUUUAAUAGGAACACCUGUAUCUAGUCAGCAUGUGACAGAAGUGCAAACACAGUCAGUCAUGCAGAUACCGGCCAGAUGCUUCAGUUAAUGUUUGAUGUUGAUGGAAAAUGUAAUCUCACCAACAGUGUCUAUUGCAAGUCAAACAGGGUGGAUUGAAUAUUUAGGAAACCACUGUUCUCCUGACAUAACAGUUGCUAGAGUUUCCACAUAAUGGUGGGGGGAAAAAGCAGCAGUUCUGCAGAUGGGGAAAGGUCAGAGGGGAAAGGCCAUUUUCAAGCUGACAGGAAUGCUAACACAAAUAACAGUAUUUUGUGCGUUCUGAGAUGAUUGUCUGCUCAAUAUGAUUGGAAAGAGUGAUUAUUUGAGAAACUUUUGUCUUCCUGUCAGUUCAAAUCUCUCCAGUCUGGCCAGUCUCCUCUGACAUCUCUCAAGUAGCAACUGAUUAAAUACUAAAACAAGCUCAUCUAGCAUGGCAUUAAAAACAUACCAUGUUUAAAGUCACUGAGGAUUUCUCAUUUUGAUUAAUGUAAACAUUAACUGAAACUCCGUAUCUACAUGAUUUUGAUGAAAUGUGCUGCUACAGGAACAGGUUCUCCUAUUAGAGUCAUUAGUGAGUGUAUACCAAAUUGCAUGUUAAUUACCAGGUUAAGCUUCUGCACUACUAAUUAGCAGCUUCUAGGGUUAAAUCCCAGGGCUGGCAGAGUAAGAUACUUAACCUCAAGUGCUUGGCUCUAUUCUUGUCUGGUAUUGGAUAAAAGAAUCUUCCAAAUCAUGGAGCAGGGAAUAUAUUACACUGCUCUGAAAGAAUGGCUUAGUAGCAAUCUUUAAGGUAUAUAAAUAUGAGUUCUUUAAUUGUAUUUAGAACUUUUCACACACUAUUAAACAUGACCAAAGUAGCAUCAUUUUUUUUCCUGUGCACUGUAACUUCCAGUCGAAGCCCACAGGCAAUUUAUAAUGUAAAAUAUAUACUCUCAUAUAAUUAACAAAAC